GUGGGCGGAGAGAGGACACGGGCCCCUGGGGCCCGGCGGAGGUCGGAGGUGGGUGGUCCUUGUGCAUCCCUGACUGAGCCCUCUCGGGGACUCCUGAAGCAUCCCCGAUGUGGGGUUAUGGGUUGGGGGGAUGGCCUGCCUGUCCUAGUCUGGCACCUCUGCGUUGGUAAUCUCCUCCAAUCUGGCCCCUCUGCUCCGUUGUGCCACCCUCGGCACUUCAGUACCUCCGGGAAAGGGCCCCUUGAGUGGUUUGAACGGCGGCAUCGGGUAUAGUGGGGCAGGAAGUCCCCUCCUGCGUCCCGUCCCUUUGCUUCCUUUUUCAAAUACUUCUUGUGGUUUCCUGACGUGAAUGAAGGUGAGGUCCAUUGCUCACAGACUGGUGGUGCGUGGUGUGUUGCCGUGGGCGCCGUGGAGAGAGGCAGGGCUUUGAGUCUCCAAAGCGAGACCCCGUCGGCUAUAGGUUGUGUGGAACCCGGUGGUUUGCUGAGCUUUCUAGGGAGACGGCGGCUUUGUGGGUCAGCCAUGGGGUGGCCUGGAGGGUCUUCUCUGUGUAGGGAAUAUUCAUUCCUAGGAAGUUCCAGAAAGAAGGCAUCCUGGCAGAAUUGCAUCCGAACCCCCUCUGGCCUCGCUUUCUGGCUCCCAGGACUGGAUGUCAGAGGGAGCGAGGGGUGGGAGUUUGCCCAGCUGGUGUGCGGUCCUAAUUUAGGGCCGCAUUGUUCUCAAAACAGCAGUUACAGGCCCAAAAAAUGCGGCUGGCAUACACAAGGAGCUCCCCUUACGGUGGUUCUCUGCCAGACGUGAACCAGAUUGGCUGUGGCCUGGCUGAGUUCCAGAGCCCCCUGCACUCACCUUUGGAUUCGUCCCGGAGUACUCGGCACCAUGGGCUGGUGGAGCGGGUACAGCGAGAUCCCCGAAGAAUGGUGUCCCCCCUCCGUCGCUACCCCCGCCACAUUGACAGCUCUCCAUACAGUCCUGCCUACUUAUCUCCUCCCCCGGAGUCCAGCUGGCGGAGGACAAUGCCCUGGGGCAGUUUCCCUGCAGAGAAGGGGCAGUUGUUCCGACUACCAUCAGCACUUAACAGGACAAGCUCUGACUCUGCCCUUCACACAAGCGUGAUGAACCCCAGCCCUCAGAACACUUAUCCAGGCCCGGCACCCCCCAGCAUCCUGCCCGGCCGCCGUGCAGCCAACUCCACCGCGUCCUUUGCAGGUUAUCUGGAUGGUGAGAUGGACUCCAAAGUCCCUGCUAUUGAGGAGAACUUGCUAGAUGAAAAGCAUUUGCUGAAGCCCUGGGAUGCUAAGAAGCUCUCCUCCUCCUCCUCCUCCUCCUCCCGACCUCGGUCCUGUGAAGUCCCUGGAAUUAACAUCUUUCCAUCUCCUGACCAGCCUGCCAAUGUGCCUGUCCUCCCACCUGCCAUGAACACGGGAGGCUCCCUACCUGACCUCACCAACCUGCACUUUCCCCCACCUCUGCCUACCCCCCUGGACCCAGAGGAGACAGCCUACCCCAGCCUGAGCGGGGCCAACAGUACCUCCAAUUUGACCCACACCAUGACCCACCUGGGCAUCAGCGGAGGCCUGGGCCUGGGCCCAGGCUAUGAUGUGCCAGGACUCCACUCACCUCUCAGCCACCCGUCCUUGCAGUCCUCCCUAAGCAACCCCAACCUCCAGGCCUCCCUGAGCAGUCCUCAGCCCCAGCUCCAGGGCUCCCACAGUCACCCCUCACUGCCCGCCUCCUCCUUGGCCCGCCACGCACUGCCCAGCACCUCCCUGGGCCACCCCUCGCUCAGUGCCCCAGCCCUUUCCUCCUCCUCUUCCUCCUCCUCCGCUUCAUCUCCUGUGCUGGGUGCCCCCCCUUACCCAGCCUCUACCCCUGGGGCCUCCCCCCGCCACCGCCGUGUGCCCCUCAGCCCCUUGAGUUUGCCCGCGGGCCCAGUCGACGCCAGAAGGCCCCAACAGCAGCUGCCCAAACAGUUUUCGCCAACAAUGUCACCCACCUUGUCUUCCAUCACUCAGGGCGUCCCCCUGGACACCAGUAAACUGCCCACUGACCAGCGGCUGCCUCCAUACCCGUACAGCCCCCCAGGUCUGGUUCUGCCUACCCAGCCACCCGCCCCAAAGCCUGUGCAGCAGCCAGGGCUGCCCCCUCCGGCCUGCUCAGUGCAGCCCUCAGGUGGGCAGCCCCCAGGCCGGCAGCCGCACUACGGGACACUGUACCCACCCAGCUCCAGUGGGCAUGGGCAGCAGUCUUACCACCGGUCAAUGAAUGACUUCAGCCUGGGGAAUCUGGAACAGUUCAGCAUGGAGAGCCCAUCAACCAGCCUGGGGCUGGUUCCCUCUGGCUUUUCCGAAGGGUCUGGAUUUUUAGGGGGUGAGGGGCCAGUGAGUGGCCUCCAGGACCCCCAUGCCCUCAACCACCAGAACUUGACCCACUGUUCCCGCCAUGGCUCAGGGCCUAACAUCAUCCUCACAGGAGACUCCUCCCCGGGCUUCUCUAAGGAGAUUGCAGCGGCCCUGGCCGGAGUGCCUGGCUUCGAGGUGUCAGCCGCUGGGCUGGAGCUGGGGCUGGGGCUGGAGGAGGAGCUGCGCAUGGAGCCACUGGGCCUGGAAGGGCUCAACAUGCUGAGCGACCCCUGUGCCCUGCUGCCCGAUCCCGCUGUGGAGGAUUCAUUCCGCAGUGACCGGCUACAGUGAGGGCACGCGUCCCCAUCCCUCUUCUCAGCCCCGUUCCCCGUCACUGUCCCUUCCUCCCUUCCCCCUGGCCAGUAGAGACUCCACUCUCUGCCCUUAGAUCCUCUUUCUAACAUGAAUGAGAGAAAGCCAGGGGUUUGUCCAGGCGGCCCCUGAAUUCUGCACAAGGGGUGGGCCCGGGGAGGUCAAGGGAGGGCCUAAAGCACUUGUAACUUUGAACCGUCUGUCUGGAGGUCAGAGCCUGUUGGAGAAAGCGGGGGGUAGAGGGGAGCCCCGGAGGCAGGGCUAGUCCGGAUGCCUAGGGGUGGGCAGUGCCAGCCCCUCCUCACCACUCUUCCCCUUGCAAUGGAGGAUAGAGCCAGAGUGGAUAUUAUUUUUUAUUAAAUAUAUUAUAUGUUAAUAAAAAAAUCGUAUCAAA